UGCAAUCUCUUUCUCUUCAAUGCACAAUGCUAGGCCUUCAAGCACGAAAUUUGAGUCGAAUGAACUCUGACAAGGAAAACAUGGACCCAAGUUUCAAUUUGCCGAAGAAGCUUCGAAUUGUAUAUAAUGAUCCAGAUGUUACAGAUUCAUCGAGUGAUGAAGAAGAGAUUAAACUGAAGAAUAAAAUUUUGGGUACUAAGCGUGUCGUCAAGGAGAUUUCAUAUUCAGCUGUGCCACGUGAAUUUACAAGAGAACAUGAUGUUUCUGAAUCUAAAAGAGUUCGAAAGUUUUCUUCUAUGUCCAAGGGUGUUCGUAGAAGGCCUUGGGGAAAAUUUGCUUCAGAAAUCAGAGAUCCUUUCAGAAAGAAGCGGCUAUGGCUUGGUACUUAUACUACUGAAGAGGAGGCUGCUGCUGUUUAUCAGACAAAGAAACGAGAGUUUGAAGUUAUGAUGGCAGGUGAACAGGAGGAUAACAGCUCAUUCACAGUUAAAUCUGAAGAUACUAAUUACUCGCAACUAUCUCCUUCCUCUGUGCUUGAUGAUGUUUCAGUCAAUCCAGUCAUGAAAGAACACGUAGUGAAGAAAGUGGUAAAAGAAUACAAAAUUUUUCAAGAACCCAAAACUGUCAAACAAUCGGCCUCCAUUAAAGAUGUCCAUGCCGAUUUAUGGAAAGAUCAGGCUUCUGUUAUGGAUUUGUGGGAACUUCCAUCUGACUCAUGGAAGGAGACCUUCGAGCCGGUGUCGGCUAAAGAUUCAUGGAAAGAUGAGGCUUCCGUUGUGAAUUUGUGGGAACCUCCAUCAGACUCAUGGAAGAAAACGUUCGAGCCGGCCUCGAUUAAAGAUUUAUGGAAAGAUGAGGCUUUCGUUAUGAACUUGUGUGAACCUCCAUCGGAGACAUUCGAGCCGGCAUCCGUGAAAGAUUUAUGGAAAGAUGAGAAUUCCGUCAAGGAUUUGUGGGAACCUCCAUCAGCUUCUGAGUCAUGGAAUGAGCUUUUCGAGUCGUGUGUUGUUGAAAAUUAUAUGAAUCUUUGCUCAUCUGUCCUUGAGCGUUGCAUGAACUUUUGGUUGAAUGAUAAUGCUGCUAAUAAUCUGCAACCCCUGGUAGACAAUGCCAAGGAUAAGUUUAUUAACCUGCCAGACAUUACAUUCGAUCAUAAAACUAUGGCUUGGCUGGAUGAAAUUGUUCUUCAAGCUUGAACUUAUCUUAAAGCAGGGGAGAGUUUUGGUUUGCCUCUAUGUUGUCAGGAGACAUCCAAAGUUUUGUUCCUCUCCUCUCCUGCUGCG